CUCUCCCAAGAACGACGCUAAAAUUUGGGAUGCGGAGAAAACAACCAAAACCUCAUCCCGUGUCCGACUGAGCUGGACAACUUACAUAUCUCUAAAUAUCGCUGAGCACAUCUGGCUUAAUUGAAGUGCUGUAGCAUCCUUCCACCGGGCGAGCUCCUUGGAUUCGAAAACAACAAGGCGAUGGGCAAAGCUGCUGAAGCGUUGUACUAUCUGGUACACCCUAGCGAACUUCGCUCCAUAAUCCAAUGGAAAGUGUGGCACGAUCCUGUCCAUGAGCGCGAUGAGUCCAAGGAGUGUGAGACACUGAAAAGAUGCUUCUACUUUCUCGACAAAACCUCACGCAGUUUCGCCGCCGUUAUCAAGGAGCUGCAUCCAGAGCUCCUCGUCCCCGUCUGCCUCUUCUACCUGAUCUUGCGCGGCCUGGAUACCAUUGAGGAUGACAUGACGAUCCCACUGGCAGAGAAAGAGCCACUACUCCACGAUUUCGACAAAGUUUUGGACAAAGACGGGUGGAGUUACAGCGGCAACCACGUCAAAGAAAAGGACCGUGACUUGCUUGUUGAGUUCUCAUGUGUCAUCACCGAGUUCAAGAAAAUCAAGCCUUCCUACCAGGCCAUCAUCAAAGAUAUCACCAAGCGCAUGGGCGACGGCAUGGCAGAGUACUGCAAUAAUGCAGAACACAAUACCAACGGUGUCAACACCAUUCAAGACUAUGAGCGGUAUUGUCACUAUGUCGCUGGUCUUGUGGGCGAAGGUUUGACCAGGUUGUUUGUCGAGGCUAAGCUCGCUAAUGAGGUCUUGCUCGAGAGGCCAGACCUUCAUGAAUCCAUGGGUCAAUUCUUGCAGCAAGUCAAUAUCCUGCGUGACAUUCGUGAGGACUGGGAGGACAAUCGCCGUUUCUGGCCCAAAGAGAUCUGGUCCAAGUACGUAGACAAGUUUGAGGACCUUUUGCAGCCAGAGAACAAGACCAAAGCUAUGCACGCAUCCUCAGAGAUGGUCCUCACCGCCCUCACGCGUGCUCCUGACUGCUUGUACUACCUCGCCGGGCUUAGAGAGCAGAGUGUUUUCAACUUCUGCGCUAUUCCACAGAGCAUGGCCAUUGCGACACUUGAUGCAUGUUUCAAUAACCCGGCCAUAUUCCAGACCAAUGUAAAGAUCACAAAAGGCCAGGCGUGCAGACUCAUGUUGGAUAGCACACAGAAUCUGCAAACUCUGUGUGAUGUAUUCAGGAGGUAUGCAAGAAGCAUUGCAAAGAAGAAUGAUCCCCGGGAUCCAAACUUCUUGAGCAUCAGCAUUGCUUGCGGAAAGAUCGAGCAAUUUAUCGAGACCAUCUUCCCCUCGCAGAAACCAGGAGCUGCACCAGCAGGCAAGCCAUACAAAACUGCAGAAGCUGAAGAGAGGGAGAGGCUACGUCAGCAGGAAUCCAAUUGGGACACUAUCUAUAUGUCCCUUGCAGUACUUGCAGUCCUUACCAUUAUCACUGGCUUUAUGAUUUUGAUUGCUUGGUUCGCAGGUGCACGAUUUGACAUUAUGUUUGAACAGCUCCGCAAAGGAGUGCUGUUUCCACCAACUAAUCUUCAGGAAGCCGCGGACAUCGCAAAGAGCCAUGAUCACGGGGAGCUUUAACAUUUGUAUGUAUGUUCUUCUGAGCUUAGAAGGCUUUCUUCCCACACACAAGAGUUUAUGUACAUACCGUAUUAAUAUCAGCGAACGACGUUUGUGCGACUAUUUUAUAUUGGUUAGACGCGUCGGUCAAAGUUGAAAGAAGGUAAUAUUACAAAUUAGCACGGAUGUCAAAUUGCAAUUCGGCCUUUGUCCAUGGCUGUGGUUGUGCCGAAGAAGUGCUUAUAUGAAAGAUGCGACAUGACUCCGCUUCACUGCGUUUUGAGGACGCUUUCAAUUGCCUCUGUCACUCAUUGAGAAGGAUAUGAAAGCGAUGCGGUCCACAUCUGUUCCAACGAUGUUCCUUCAGGAACAAUCGUCGAAGACUUAGUUUGCACAAAUGAGUCUGAACUAAAACGUGAGUAUUUUCCGGGAACGGUUCUGAGAUGCUUUUAUUGGCAAUUUUAGGCCUACUCCAACCUUCUAAUUCAGCAAAUGUCGCGUUGGGUUGCAGAUGGAAAUGGCUCUUGAUCUUUAUAGCGUGCAUAGUCUAGUGCCUUUAUGGGCCAAAGCAGCGAAGUACAUCUAGCGUGUUGAUGCUCUCGGUGAAUGUGAUUUAAACACACCCCUUGCUCAGCAUCUCUGGGGGACAUCUCGUCGCAGCCGUCCAGAUCUCAAGAGUAUCUCAGUCGUCUCGACUUCGAAAACCUCUCAGCUGUGUGAUCAGUCUGUUAAAGGCUCCCUAAACUGCGAAUGCAUCUAGUCGAACCUAGGUCCACCAAGGUGCACGCUCGUUGCACUGCUGGACAAGAUGAAUAAUUAUGGACCGCCUUACAUGCAAUAUAUAUAUAUAUCCUUGGGGUACACAA